UACAUUUGUCUCUCUUCUCCUCUAAAGCAACGGUCUUAGCAGAGUCUUGACUCCCGCGCGAAGCAGUGAGGAUUCCAUUUCAAUCUCACCCAUGGCUAUUGACGCAUGGUUCAUGGACGAAAGCAGUGAAGACCAAAGGCUCCCACAUCACCGCAACCCACAGGAGUUCGUUUCCUUGGAUCACUUGGCUGAAUUGGGAGUGCUGUAUUGGCACUUGAAUCCAGAGGACUACGAGGACGGUGAAGAAUUGAAGAAGAUCAGGGAAGCAAGGGGAUACAAUUACAUGGACUUACUUGAUUUGUGCCCAGAGAAAGUUGCUAACUAUGAAGAGAAGCUGAAGAACUUCUAUACAGAGCACAUUCAUGCUGAUGAGGAGAUACGCUACUGCUUACAGGGGAGUGGAUAUUUUGAUGUUCGAGACAAGGAUGAUCGUUGGAUCCGAAUCUGGAUCAAGGCAGGUGAUCUUAUUAUUCUGCCAGCAGGAAUCUACCACCGUUUCACUCUUGACACUAGUAACUAUGUUAAGUUGAUGAGGUUAUUUGUGGGAGAGCCAGUGUGGACACCCUUUAACCGCCCACAGGAAGACCAUCCUGCAAGAAAGGAGUACAUAAAGAGUUUGAAUGAGAAGGUUGGAUUAGCACUUGAAGCUCAUUAAGGUUCUACAGUGCUUGCCAAUGAAUUGUGAUGCAACAUCUAUAUGGCUAUUUGGUACUACAGCUCUCUAAUUUAUGGGAUGAUUUAGGUCAGUCUUUUAUAUAUGCAUAUUGCAGUUCAGUUGGGACUCCAGCAAUAAAACUACAAUGUAAAACUAAUAUAAAGCAUAUGUAUAUCUGGAUGUUGUAUCAUUCUAAAGCAUAUGGGUACGAUUUCAUAUUGUGCCUAUUACGUGUUGAAA